GAAAGAGGGCGCAUCUAAAGAUAUUGCCUCUGAUCGGUCAACGCUCGGUGCACCUGAUUCUUUUCCGCCACGCACUCUCGGGUGUUCGUGUCUUGUUUAGUUUCAGCUGCGUAUAAAUCUUUCUCCAUCUUCCAAAAUGAAGAUUUACAAGGAUAUUUUCACCGGUGAUGAAAUGUUCUCCGAUGCUUAUAAAAUCAAAUUGGUGGACGAUGUGCUGUACGAAGUGUACGGCAAAUUAGUCACCCGUAAAUCAGGAGAAGUUGAUAUCGCUGGCUUCAAUCCCUCUGCUGAGGAAGCAAGUGAAGGUACUGAUGAGGUGGUAGAGUCCGGUGUGGAUGUUGUUUUAAAUCAUAGACUCCAAGAAAGUUUUGCCUUUGGGGAUAAAAAAUCCUAUACACUGUACCUCAAGGACUACAUGAAAAAAUUGGUUGCAAAACUUGAAGAAAAGUCGCCUGAUGAAGUAGAAGUGUUUAAAACCAAUAUGAAUAAAGUUAUGAAGGAUAUUUUGGGGCGUUUCAAGGAACUGCAGUUCUUCACUGGAACGUCAUCGGACAUUGAUGGAAUUGUAGGCCUCAUGGAGUACCGUGACAUUGACGGCGAUUCUGUGCCCGUACUCAUGUUUUUCAAGCAUGGUCUUGAAGAAGAAAAAUUCUAAGUAAUAUUUAGAUAUCCAAGAAAUUAUUGACAAAUUUUAUAAGCUGGAGUCAAGACUGCACACACUGCUGGAAAGCCGUGAAAUUUAGUUAAAAAAUGUAAAACAAUUCUUCCAACUUCAGUUUACAAACACAAUUGACUAACAAUACAUUGAAUAAAAUAUUCAUCAUUGACAUAUUCCUUGAUAAGUAAUUGUACAUAUACUGUAAACAAAAGGGAAGAUUGCCAGAAAUGGAUAUUCCUCCUAAGAAUGUGCAAAGUUUACUUGUUUAUGUACUUGUUUAGAAAGCUGUUGCAUUAUUUUCUUUCUUAUAUCCGAUCGUGCAUUAAGCAAUUUUACUUAUAAUUGAAGAAAUGGAAGAUGGGGAAAGAAGUCGCAGCGGUGGACUCGCAUCAAUCCCGUGAUGUGACGUUAACGAUUAUUGUGUUGUCUGCAAUGUCAUUAAUCAGAAAUUUCUGAAACAUAUUCGAUACAAAUGUCCGUCAAAUAAACUAAAAUUUUCAUAA